AUGUCGACGCACUUGGUCGCUCAAACCCGCCUAGUGGGAAAUCUGGGCAGCGCGCCCGUCGUCACGAUUUCUAUCAGAGCUCGGUUCCACCUGUGGUCACUCCCAGCGUCGCAUCUGACACAGGACAUCACCGAGCGCGUUGAGGCUAAUUUCUAUAGGCGAUGCGACCCAUCGAAGCGCCCGAAACACUUAAAGCCUUCUUUGGACGAAGAGAAUGCACCUAGCCAAGAUAGUUCCGCUCCAGAGGCAGUGCCUAAUGUCCCGGCAGACAAAGAAAACUCACAGUUUGACGAGUCUCUGUUCAAGGCAUUUCAUCAAACGAUUGCUCUACCUUUCUGGGUGGCGGGCGUUUUGAACCUGAUAUCAGACACAUUGCGAACGACUACCCCGCUCGUUAGCCAGGUGUUUCUGAAAUGGCUCACCGAGGCAUACUUCGUACAUCAGUCAGGCGGAGAAGAAAACCUUCCCGACGGUGUACCAGCGCCAAAGGGUAUAGGAUAUGGUAUUGGUCUAGCCUUUGCCAUUUUCGCAAUGCAACAAAUCGCGAGCUUGACCGUCAAUUACAGUGUUCAAAUGACGAUGACGCUUGGUCAAUCCGUUCGUGCGGGGAUUACCGGUAUGGUGUUUCGCAAAGCUUUGCGAAUGUCUGGUCGCGCGAGACAGGACCACAGCGUUGGUCAGGUCAUCACAAUGGUAUCCACGGAUGCGACCAAUUUGGACAUGUUCGUGGCGUUCGCAGCACAUCAGCUGUGGAUAGCCCCAAUCCAGGCAGGUUUACCUUUACGCUUCCCUCUCAUCCUCGGCUUUGGUCUGUUGAUUGGCACUCUUGGAUAUUCAGCGCUGGUCGGGCUUGGAGUCAUCAUCAUCGGGUUCCCGAUCCAAGGCCUUCUCGUCCAGAUUAUGUUCGCUCAACGGAACAAAGGAAUCAAGAUCACGGACAAACGCGUGCUACUGACCAACGAGGUCCUCCAUGGAAUUCGGCUGAUUAAAUUCUACGGAUGGGAAUCUUUCUAUAUCCAACAAAUCGGCAGGCUUCGAGAGCAAGAACUUUACAGGAUUCGGAACGUCUCCAUCGCAGCAUCGCUUCUCUUCUCGGUAUUUUCUUUUGUACCCGUGGUGGCAACCAUCCUUUCCUUCUUGAUAAAACUUCCUCUUCUAUUGCUUCCCCUCUCGCUGAGCAUGCUCGCGGAGGCCAUGGUUACACUACCCCGAAUUGGCAAGCUGCUGGUGUCACCCGACCUCGAGGAUCCUUAUACCUUCGAUGCAGACUCAAAGUAUGCGGUCAGUGUUGACGCCGAUUUCACUUGGGAGGUUGCUCCGUCGCUUAAGGACAAUGGGGAAGAGAAAUCCGACGAAGGCAAGGAGAAACCUACCGGUCAGGAACUCAGCACCAAAGAGAGGAAAAAGAAAAACAAGAAAGGAUCCAAAUCAGAGCUCCCUCUGUCAACAGGCGACGUGGAACUCAAGGAGACCUCACGAAACGACGGGACAGAAAGCACCGCACCAUGA